AUGGGGAACGCUGACUUUUGUUCGCGAUUCCCUUUGAGUCACGACGUUCCCAGGACACUUGAUCAUGGGACAAUAAACAAUAUUAACUUCAGCCAGGAAUUUCCAGUAGACAGUGAGAUGGUAGCUAAAGAAACGUCGAAGGAUGCUUUCCUGCAGCAAGUUAUUUCAUUCUUAUACAAUGGCUGGCCCGAAAGGUUGGAUAGGCAAUUUAUUAACGUUUUCUCAAAUCAACAAGACUUGGAAUAUGUAGAUGGUUGUUUACUCUAUCAGGAUAGAGUAAUAAUUCCUAAGUCGAUGCAAAACGGGAUGCUUAAAUUGCUGCACGCAAAUCACUCGGGGGUGGUGAAGAUGAAGCAAAUAGCUCGUCGAUCAGUCUACUGGUACGGCAUUAACGCGGAUAUCGAGCGUUUUGCGAAUUCCUGUGAUGCUUGUAAUAGAAUGGCGGUGGUUCCAAAGCCUAAGGUAACUUCAUCGUGGAUUCCUACAAUCAAACCAUUCAGCAGAAUACAUGCUGAUUUCUUUUUCUUUGACUGGAAAUCCUUUCUGCUAAUAGUAGAUAGCUUUUCCAAAUGGAUAGAGGUUAUCUGGAUGAAGCAAGGGACCGAUACUAAGAAAGUUUUGAAAAAGUUCAUAGAGUUUUUCGCUAGGUUUGGUCUACCCGAUGUAAUUGUUACCGAUGGUGGCCCACCAUUCAAUUCAUUCGUUUUCGUGGAGUUCCUAGAAAAGCAAGGUAUAAAGGUCAUGAAAAGUCCACCUUAUAAUCCCUCUAGCAAUGGACAAGCCGAAAGGUCAGUGAGAACCGUAAAGGAUGUGCUAAAAAAAUUCUUUUUAGACCCAGACGUAAAAAAAUUAGAUUUAGAAGAUCAAGUAAAUUUGUUUUUAUUGACGCAUCGUAACUCUUGUUUGAAAGAUCAUGGACGCUUUCCAUCAGAAAGAGUAUUUUCGUUUAAACCAAAGACUAUUAUAGACUUAGUGAACCCAAAGAGACACUACACAAAAUCGCUCAAACGUACGAUUCCACCUGAUGAUACUUCUCAGAAAUCUGAGAAUGAUCUAAAUGAUCCCGAUAACUUAAGCAGUCUGAGGAUUGGAGACGUACUUUGGUACAAAAGUCAUAAUCCUCAUGAUAUUUCACGAUGGAUCAAAGGGCAAUUUCUAAUGAAAAUUUCCAAAAAUAUCUUUCAGAUCGCCCUUGGCGACAUAAAGGUGAUAGCACACCGAAGGCAGAUAAGGCCGGAUAAAUCGCUCAUGAGGAGCGGAGCCGUCAUAGUCCGACAACCCGAAAAAGUGUACGAACCGACUACAAGCCGAAAGCGAGCAUGGCCGGACAGUGACAGCGACGAUUAUGAUGGCGAGGAAGGUGAAGAGAAAAUUUUUCGAGGAUUUCCUGAAAAGAAACGAUGUAGAACACAAAGGUGUGGAGAGAUGGAGAGAUCGGCAGAAGUACAGGCCCCGGACACUGAUUCGUGGCAUUCGUCGUUCAUAUUGAACAGCUCAAAACAGGCUAUCAGGCGCUCAGAACGAAUAGCUAAUAAGUACAAGAAUAAGAAGAAUAAGCAUAAAAAGUGA